CUUUGUAUUUGUUGCCAAGAAUCCACCUUAGAAUUACCUUUACAAAUUGUUGGCGACGAAAAGUGUUCAGUCGAGACCGAGCUCAUCCGCGAGUUAGUUGCUUUUUCUCAAACAAACAGUCAAAAUGGCCGAUGUACCAAAGCGUGAACAAGAAAAUAUCGAAUUCGUAUUCGAAGUUAUGGGUGGUCCCGAUGGUAUCGAUGCCUACGACUUGGGUGAUGCCCUUCGUGCCCUCAACUUGAACCCCACCUUGGCUUUGAUUGAAAAGAUGGGCGGUACCAAGCAACGCAAAUUGAAAAUGAUCAAAUUCGAUGAAUUCCUUCCCAUCUACUCUCAAGUCAAGAAGGAAAAGGAACAAGGUUGCUACGAAGAUUUCAUUGAAUGUUUGAAAUUGUACGACAAACAAGAAAACGGCACCAUGCUCUUGGCUGAAUUGCAACAUGCCCUCCUUUCUUUGGGUGAAAAUCUUGAAGAUGAACAAGUCGAGACCCUCUUCGCUGACUGUUUGGACCCUGAAGAUGAUGAUGGCAUGAUCCCAUACUCCCAAUUCGUCCAAAGAUUGAUGAGCGAUCCCGUUGUCUUCGACUAAACGCAUUUCUUGCCAGAAUGUGCGACAGACCCGAUAUGCUAUAAAUUUUUAUUGACCAUCUGUUAAAAAUCUGUAGCUACCACCAUUCUCCAUAGAUGUUAUUCGAAGCAAAAUCCAAAAAAAAAAAUAUAAAAACAAACCAUCAAUACUCUCUCUCGUAAUAAUUUAAUAAAACAAAAAUAAUUUAAUUAAAUUAAUUAAAAUGCAAACAAAAAAGCAAAAGAAAAACACCAACAUAGAAAUUGAAAAUUAUUGAAACAGGACUUCAGCAACAUCCAAAAAAGUCCAAGCUAAUUUGCCACAACAACACGAACAGCAAUGGCUAUUAGUUUUCAUUUUUUUCUAAAUCUAAUAUAUAUUUUUUAAGAAAAAUAAACCAAAAAAAUCUUAAGAAAACCAUAUUUUAUUAUAAAAUAACUUAUAUAUGAAAAACAAAACUGAAAAAAAAACUCAAAAAAAAGAAGAAAAAAUUUAAAAAAUUAUUCUGUUGUUCAUUUUUUUAAAAGCGAAAGAAAUAAUUAAAUUAAAAAUACAUUUAUAUAAUAAAAACUGAUAAAGUGAAAAAGAUCACCUAAAAACAACAAAAACAAAGCAACAACAACAAUAAUAAGAAAGGUGUAGGCAAGGUGUAAAUACUCCCCCGACAUGUUGUUUGGUUUAGCAAAUUCGUUUAAGGCUUUUUAGCAACAACAACAAAGGCAACACUCGCAACGAACACUGUCCUCCAUCCAUCCAUCCGUCAUAAACUCAAUCACUACUACCCCCUUUCCACAGCCAAAGUUUUAACUUGAAAGAUUGAAAAUGCCUUCUCUAAAGAAAUCCAGCCCAAAUUCAACUCAACUCACAGAGACACUUUAUUUUUUUU